UAAACCUAUUUGAGACGCCGCCUAGCUAAUGCUUUCGUUUCCAAGUCUAUAGCAUUUAAGCGGGGAUUCAAUUCAAACAGAAAAGUUAGAUCGAAAGCGAGAGGAAAUGGAAGAGGAGAUCAGGAGCUUGAGGAAAUCGUUAGGGACAUUCUGCAACCACUUGGAGUCGAGUUGCUACGCUCUCAAGCAAUCCCUCGAACGCCGUCCCAUUCCUCUCGAUUCGGUGUCGUCGAGUUUCAUAAAAUGCCUGAACCGGCGUGUAUCGAGCGCCAGCAGCGAUCUCAACGUACUCGAUUCGAUGACGUUCGGGACCGUCUCUUUCGAGGAGCUUUUAGGUCACUGCAACGAGGUUUACAAGAAGAACCAGAGCGAUCUUGCCCUGCUCCAAGACCACCUCCAGAGCUUUGGAUACCACAUUCCCGACGUUGAGAUUGAUGAAGAAGAAGAAGAGGUUCACGGUUCAUCAACACCGAAUGGUUUGGAAUCGAAGUAUGGAUUGGAUCCGCCAUCUUCUUAUUGUGGACCUGACUCUAUGACCGGUUCUAUUAUGAAGAGUUUGGAAGAAGAUGCUUUAUUAGAUGAGUCUCUCAGUUUGAAAAGGCUUGGGCUUUCAGACGCUUGCCUUGCCACUUUGGCAUCUGAAGAUUAUGGUCAGACUGAUAACAUAGGUGUACACAGAAACCACUUACUUUUUGGGGAAGUAGAGGAAAUAUUUAAGUCAGUUGAAGCUCCCAAGCCUUUGAUAAAGGUAUCAAAUGAUGAUUAUGAGAAUCUUCCUUCCUACAUGAAAGGCCUAGCGCCGUGGGAGGAUCUGCUCGAUGCUGUUGAGAAGAUCAAUUCAAGCCUGAACAAGAAAGAGAAAACAAAGGGAAGUAACUACUUCCACCAAGAUGAAAUUUCGUCAUUGGGGCUGGGUCCUAAAGCAAGAUCUUAUUUGCUGCUACUUGUACGCAUGAAUCGGUUGGUUGUUGAGACCAUUGAUGGGUUGUUAUCCUACCGAGUUUUGUAGAGGAGAUACAAUCCAAUAGACAAAUCUACUCACACCAUCUGAUUGAGCUUACUCAUUUGGCAAUUAGGUGCGUUACAUAUACCCUCAGUUUGUAACUUGAAAGACGAAGAAUUGCUGAACAAUGCAACAUAAAAAGGCUUAUAUCUUUUUCUUCUA